AUGAAAAUAUUUAGUUAUGAAAAAAUUCUGAUUCGUAUUUCUGAUUUUUAUUCUCUUGUUUUUCUGACUUAUAUUCUGAUUCUUAUUCUUAUUUUUAUUCUUAUUUUUCUGAUUUUUUUUCUGACCUAUAUUCUGAUUUUUCCUUUUUUUUCUGAUUUUGUUCCAAUGUUUUUCUGUUUUUUUACUUAUAUUCUGAUUUUUUAAAUAUUUUCCGAUUUUAAUUCUGAUUUUUAAAUUUCUUCUGAUUCUAGC